AUGAUCUUGCUACCACCCUCCCUCAAAGCACAGCCCGUCGGUAACGUCAGCAAGCCACAAGCUUUGCGGUUCGGCGACAUCAGCAAGCCGGUUCACCACUGCAACAUAAUCAGUCGAAAUACCCGACUCGUCCCCGCUCCUUCCCCGGCAAUCAGCUCAGCUCACCCGAUCUCCAGACGUGCUCCUCCUCGAGGGAUUGCAUCGUCGCCGGUCUCUGAUCUCAUCGAGCGUCGGCGACCUCUCUCUCCUCCACCACUGCCUUUCGUUUCUGCCGCUGCAAGCUUUCCACCGGCGACAUCUCUAUCCUCCACCAGAGCCACCGCGUCGAGCCCUCCUCCUCUCCACCAGCGCCGCCGCAUCAAGUUGUUGCAUUCCCCAUUGAAAUCGCCGCUGCCGAGCUCCGGAUCUAGAUCCGACCCGCCCGGUCCAACCCAGCUUCGACCCGACCCGGAUUCGACCCGACCCAGACGAACCGGACCCGACCCGGCCCAGAAUUGGUAG